CAACAUUUUGUCGAUGUUUUCACAAAUUUACCCUUCUCUUCAAAUUCCUCCUACUGUUUGGUGAACUGUUUCUCAAGUUCUCUUUUGUUGCUUUUCAUAGCAUGUGUCUGUGUAGCUAGAUUUUUGUAGUUGUCAGUAGCAGGGCGUAACAGAAACGUGUUGGACGUCGACGAGGUUUUCUGGGGACUGAAUAGAUUCCUACAUCGAACUUUUCUCUGGUCUCAAUUAUUUCAAAGUAAAAUGUCAAUUCGAACAAACAAAAUGAAAGCUAUAGGUGUGUUGAUGAAACAAUUGACGACAUCAAGGAGGAAAUUCCAAGAAAGGGGAAAAGAGGAAUCAUUUGAUGGGAAGUUGGAGAAGUUGCGGUUGGUUCUGAACAAUAUAAAGGAUGUGUUUGUGGAAGUGAAGAAGAAUGAAGAAAAAUUGCUUGACACAUUAGCAGAGGUGUAUGACCAUCUUCACAGGUUAGACCGCAGGAAGUUGCAUCAAGACAUGCAUAGCAUUUGCGAGAGAAUCAGAGAUUCUGCUCGCAAUUUGCUCCCAACGCUUGUUUUUGAUGAGUCAUAUAAGGAGGAGGAUAACAGGGGUGACAAAAUAUCUCCCUCAUCACAAGAGUUGGUGCAUCUCCAUCAGAAGAAGAGUUGGACUGCGGAAGAUUUUAACCUGCAAGAUGAUCGAUUAAAAGCUUGCUUGUUACGUCUCCUAAUUUUUCCUGAGAAUGCUGUCAUAAGGAAAAGAAAUGCAAUUAAUUUGUGGUUUGAAGAGGGUUUGAUUGAAAAUACAGAGGAGAAAACAGCAGACGAAUUGGGUGAAGAUGUGGUUGAUGAUCUUUUGAAAUUUAAGGUGAUUGUACGCUAUGGUAGUACAAAAGACCCCAUUGUCAAUAAAUUUCAAGUUCUUCCUCAUGUCCGUAGUCAGUUGAAGUUAUAUUUAGAUGGAGAUUCAGAGUAUAUUAGACCAUCGCGUUUAUUGCUUGAUAGAAAAAAGGUUACAGUAGGUGGAGUUGAUACAAAAAAUGUAACUUUGCGUAAUAUUUAUAAUAUUGGUGCAAGUUAUCUGAAUUUUGAACCACAAUGGGUUACCGAUUCAAUCAAGAAUUUAGAGNUGCUUCAACUAGGGCGUUGGCAAGAUUCACCUUUGCAUCACAUUGAAGUUGUGAGUCAAGAAUUCUUAAGAGAGUUGAGAACUCUGAAGGAGUUGAAAUAUCUGAGUCUUCGUGGGAUAUCGAACAUAUUCGAGCUUCCAUCUUCCAUUACUGAACUUGAGAGUCUAGUAAUUCUUGAUCUGAAAGCAUGUCAUAAUUUGGAAAGACUACCGGAUGAUAUUUCAUCAAUGAAAAGUCUGACACAUCUGAUUAUGUCUGAGUGUUGCUUACUGGAAGUCAUGCCAAAGGGGAUUGAGAAGCUCACUAAUCUGCAAGUCCUCAAAGGAUUUUUAAUAAGUACUUCUGAAAAGACUCCUUGCAGAAUAUGGGAUCUUGCUGAGAAUUUGACAGAACUAAAGCGACUCAGCAUACGUAUAGGAAGUGAGGCCGUGAUCAGGGAUGAAGAGUUUAAAAGUUUGAAAAAUUUUAAAAAACUAAAGCAUCUCAAAAUUUCUUGGAGUGGGUCUUACCCAAGGUAUGCUAAAAUUCCUAUCAUUUUGCCACUAUAUUUGAAAAAGUUGCAUCUUGAAUGUUUUCCAGGAAAGAGUUUGAAAGAAGUUUUUACAUCUGUUCAAGUUUCCUUUAUAAUACCACCUGCGAUAAGUGAGCUAAAUAUAACUGGAGGAAAAGUGGAAAGUAUACAUGAGAGUAUUUUAGGUCGGAACAUGGUGGAAAUACUGCGUCUAAAGUACCUUAAACAAUUAAAUAUCAACAUAGAUGAUUUGAAAACAUUCUUUCCUUUGCUGAAAUAUGUAGAAAUUAAGCAAAUCUCAAACCAUUCAUAUAUUGUGCGUGAAUUUGAAUAG